CUGAGCAGGCGCGAAGCGCGUUGUUCGAAGGCGCGACUCGGUCCGCAGCGGCAGGGAAGGGGCGCGCGGAGCCGGGUGGUUGCUCAGCUCUGUCCGUGCCCGAGCGCCUCAGAGAGGGGUGUCGAGGCUCAAAGUAAAUAAAAAUGUCAAUAGUCACAGUCCAGCUUGGUCAGUGUGGUAAUCAAAUCGGCCAUGAGGUGUUCAGUGCUGUCUGCAGUGAUGUUCAUGGCACACAUGGGUUGUGUUCCAAGAAGGAGAAUGAAUCCUACCACGAUGCUUGCAAAGAACGUUUUUUCUGCCAGGAGGAGUCAGAAGUACCUGUGGCCCGAGCUGUGCUUGUUGACAUGGAACCUAAAGUCAUCAGCCAAACCUUAUCAGUGGCUGCCAGGUCUAGCUGCUGGAAAUAUGGUGAUCGUUCACACUUCUGUCAGAAGCAAGGAUCUGGGAACAACUGGGCAAAUGGUUACUCUGUGCAUGGGCCCAGACACAAAGAAGCAAUCAUGAAUCUGGUGCAAAAAGAAGCAGAGAAGUGCGAUCGACUGGGUGGAUUCUUCACAAUAAUGAGCAUGGCUGGUGGCACAGGAUCUGGCUUGGGAGCAUUUGUCACCCAGUGUUUAAGAGAUGCUUUUCCAACCUCAUUUAUACUAAACCAUGUUAUCUGGCCCUAUGGCACUGGUGAGGUCAUUGUUCAAAACUACAACUCUGUUUUGACUCUUUCACAUCUGUACCAAUCAUCAGAUGCCCUUCUUGUUCAUGAAAAUGAUGUCAUCCAUAAGAUCUGUACUCAGCUGAUGAAUAUUAAACAGAUCUCCUUCAGGGAUGUGAAUCAAGUCAUUGCACAUCAACUGGGGAGUGUUUUCCAGCCCACUUACACAGCAGAAGGUGGCUCACACUACAGCAGGAACCCCUUAGGUGACCUAAUGGAAACAUUAGUUCCACAUCCUGAAUUCAAGAUGCUGGGUCUUCGGAACAUACCUCAGAUGCCUGAGAACUUCCUCGCUUACAGCACGUUCAGUUGGCCUGGACUCAUCAAACAUUUAAGGCAGAUGCUGAUUGCUAAUGCUAAAAUGGAGGAAGGUAUUGACUGGCAAGUACGACCACCACAGCCAGGCUCCUCCAGCCAUCCCAUGAACAAGCCACUGCAUUUCAACACUUCCAUUGCCAACCUGGUUAUCCUGCGAGGAAAAGAUACACACAGUGUAGACUUAGGAAGCUUCCGAGAUCCCUCAUUAUACACGUCAUGGCUAAACCCUCAGGAUGCUUUUAAUGCAUGGAGAACACCAAGAGCAUUUAACAAGUAUGAAAAAUCUGCUGCUUUGGUCAGCAACAGCCAGUUCCUGCUGAAACCUCUUGACAGUGUUGUAGGAAAAGCCUGGAAUAUGUUUGCUUCCAAAGCCUAUGUUCACCAGUACACUAAAUUCGGAAUCGAAGAGGAAGAUUUCCUGGACAGCUUCACAGCUCUGGAACAAGUCAUCUCCAGUUACAGCAUCCUUUGAUUUUCUUGGAAAUGGUCUGAAACAGAAGAUUUGCUGAAAGAACCUUGCAGUGGAAAACUUCCAUCAGCUUCUUGAGUACAUCAGUUACUGAACAGCAGCUAUUUUUCAGUCCUGUAAGCACUGUGUGUGUGUGAUAGAAUAAGAGCUGAAUCAAAACUGAAUCUAUUCCU